AUGGCAUGGGCGGUGCUGGCUGUGCUGGUGACCACAGCGGCGAUGAUGGCCGCGCUGGUGGUGACAGCAGAGGCCGCGCUACUAGUGGUGGUGGUGGCGGUAGCAGCUAUCAUGGUCACGACUAUGCUGGGGCUCAUACAUCGUGCUUCGAAACUUUUGGUUCAUUUUUCUGGAUUUGGAGCAGAGGAAGCUGAAUGGAUCAAUGCUCGUACAUGUUUGCGGCAACGCUCAGUGCCAUACAAGGCCACAGAAUGUGCAAAUGUUCAUUGUUGGGACCCUGUUCUUUGUUAUAAGGUAAGUGAACACAGUGGUCUCUAUUUUGAUGCUGAAGUGCAUGCUAUUGAAAGGAAAACGCAUCAUUCAGGAGAAGAAUGUGAUUGUAAAAUCCUUGUUCUUUAUGUGCAUGAUAAUUCUGAGGAUAUUGUUACACUGAGGAAGUUAUGCCGUCGAUAUGUAGGAGAUGACUACAAACCUCAAACUUCGUAUGAGCGACUAAAAGGAAAGAAAUAG